AUGGCGGCCAACGCACCUGCGCCCGCGAGCACCGCCGUGUCGGACCUGCCGCUAGAACAGCUCAGCCUCUACCAUACUGUCGAUACCUACCUCUCUUCCAUCUUGGUCUUCUACGGCCCUGUUGCAACGGCCAAUGCCACGGUGAGCAGCUCGCGCAUCCAAGCGCACAUCUUCACACCUGCUGGCGUCCAGAGCUACCCUCGAAUCACGAUUUCACCAGCGGCACCGCUAUAUGCCGCAGUCAACCAUCUCCCCCGCGAGAGACAAGGCGAUGAGGUGGCCAGGGGACUUGCUGUCAGCAUGCUGAAAUAUUUUGCGGAACUGUCAGAUCCGCUCAGGAAGGGGCUGGCGGUUCCCACUCGGACUGGUCAGCGACAUGGCGAGAAGACUCCGAAGUUAUUUGAUGAGAUGCAUGCAGCGGAGUUGGCCAGCCGUAUGACCAAGGUGGAGGUUUCAUCGGAAGUUGUGCGCGAUAUACGCAGUGCAUACCAGGAACGCCAAGUCCCUUGGGCUGAUAUGGACGUUGUGUUACCUAUGGGGACCAUUCAACCAUCUCAACGGCGGGAGAGUGCUGAAUCAGCCCUUGAAGCGACACAGACUCUCCAAUAUGGCCCAUAUACAUCCCUCAUCCUGGCAUUGGGAGAUCCAGUGUUCUUGCCUACAUCGCGACUCAAACGAGCACCGUCACAGCCGACUAACGUCAGCAAGUCGAGAAUCUUUACACGCAGUCAAAAAGAGGCCCUUCGCUUGACAAUGUGUGAGCUCGUUGAUACAGAGGAGCGAUAUGUAGCGAAGUUGUAUUCUCUGGUCCACGAAGUGGCGAAUGAGUUCCGGCAAAAGGCGAAACGCAAAGGGCUAUCGAGUACCAGCCCUGACGAGGAAGCUUUGGAGGCGCUCUUCCCACCAUGUUUGAGCGAGAUCCUGGAAGUCAACCUCGGAUUUUUGGAUGUGAUCCGACAUGUACUCGAAGAGACAGAGAAAGAUGCCCUUGAGGAUAUCAGUCAAGACACCGAACUACCCGCAUCCGGUUCACAUCGCGGCUCAUCAAGGGACGCUAGAGAUGCCAUUGGAGCCGCCGCAUUUGCUAGAGCAUUGCUUGAUUGGUUACCCCAGUUCUCGCAACCCUAUGCGGACUACAUGCGAGCGCAUACCGGAUUUACCCAGACGCUCAACUCAUUCAUGAGGGACAAAACCUCCAGCUUUUCUCGGCGAGUCUACGAGACUGGAGAGCAGAGAUUACGUUCUUUGCUAAUGGAGCCUGUGCAACGUCUUCCUCGUUACAGUCUUCUGAUCGAUACAAUGACAGGCAGCCUGCCGUUAGUCCAUCCUGCGGUACGUCCUUUGCUAAAAGCUCGGGACAUUGUGAAGGACAUCUGUGCCUUGGACAGCUCGUCUCCAUCUGGCCACGCGCAAAGUCUCCGGCGCCUGAGAGAGCUUGUUGAUGGAUGGCCAGCGAAAACAUUUCCCGAUGGCCGUUUGAUCACGGCCGUGGAUGUCAAUGAGAUUGCGCCACCAUACCAAUUGGACGCUCAGGUCCCAGGAUGCGGAGCCGGAAUUAUGCUUCUCUACAAAAACUGUUUGGUGCUACUCGCGAAGCCUGCCGACAGUCGGGCUACCGCGCGAGGAUUGCUGGCAGAUAUCGAUAAUGCGGCGUCAUCAACCAAUGAUAUGUCUAUGGCCUUGUCUUCAGCGGAGCUCAAGGUUGCUCAGGUGUUGGACCUCCAUACGGUGCGCUGCAUGCAGUCCAACUGCGGCCGGGUUCUAUUCAUCGUACCCGCCACAAUCCAGUCAAGCCCAAGCACCAUGGAUGCCGGCACCGAACUUCUUGCUUUAGAGCUUACCGCAAUGUAUGAGGGAAAGGCCAGCCGAUUGAUUGAAGAAAUAACGAAAGCGAAGAUUGAAGGCCGCUUCCCAGACCAAGAGCGGGAAGGUGGCAAAUGGACUUUACGCAGCCCCCCUGGAAUAACGAACAGCACGAACAUUCUGGCAUGUGUCUGCGAGGACGGGCAGAGUGUGACUCUCAACCAGGCCCAGUCAUCGCCAAUCCGACUGAUCUUUGAUACCCCGAAAGCCAAAUGCAUUGAGAUGCUGAAUGGGUCCGACCUGGAUGUAGUGCUGUCGAUAUCUCCAUCAAGCGGUGACCAGUUCAGGAUGGAAAUUGAGUCUGUGGUCGGAUCUCCGUCUACGGAUCUUGUGUCUGCAGACACCUUUGUUCCAACCCUCUCCAGACGUUUGCAAAAUCUUCUUUCACCUCUGAACAGCUCUCGAAACCCGAAAUUGAUGAAGCCGUUGGUUCAUUCGAACUUCGAAAUUCUUCGAUACAUUGCGAGCAGCUUGGUCACACAAGUCAAAUCGUCACGUAGCUUUCGACCGCCUUCUCCCACAAAGCUCAUAUCGAACCUCUGGGGGAGCAGCCGUGAAAACGUGCUGACAGUCAAGCAGCCAAACUCAGCUACUUUACUGGGUGAAUUUCCAAAGAUGCCUCCCCCAAGAGGCAAUAUUUCCAGAUCCAACACGCUACCUUCUACUUUCCCUGGAAAGGACAAAGACAGGGAAAAGGAGAAAGAAAGGGCAAAGGAAAAGGAAAGGGAAGAAACUCCGAACAAAAUAUCGGUGGUGGGAGCAUCAGGUGCUCGUGGAUCAGACGGCCAACUUGGAUCGCUGGAACAAACAUUUGCUGCAUACGUUCUUUCUCUACAGUCUCGCAGCGGGAAUAUCCUGGGGCGCAUGCUCCGGGCCAGAGAGCAUGCGGAUCGUGCACCGGUUAACGAACUUUACAAUAUUCUGCUCGAGGACCCGAGCAAGCUACAAGCUGCCGCGGAGGUGCCGGUUGAUACUUUAUUUGUUGCCUUCGAAACCUUCAUGAAAAAUGCUUGGAAAUGGAGCAUGGGCCCAGUGUUGGAUGCGCCCACCUUGAAGCAGCUUCAGAAUCAGUUUGAUACGAUGUUUCCACGAGAUUUCGAGGAGAAGUUCCGGAAAUUUUUGGCGGAUACCAGCCCACAGAACCGCCGUGCUCUGGCCGCCAUCAUUCGUCUUCUUGCCGAACUUCUCGAUGCCUCAGGGAACGAUGGGGACCGUGGGGCCCUUACGGUAGCCUUCGCUGAGGUUAUUACGGAGGAAGGAGACCCUGUGCAGCAUGUUUCGCUCCUGGACAGGCUGGUAGAUGACUUUGACAACCUCUUCGAAGAAUUCAUCCCAGGCGGGACCUCGGUUGAGGGAACGCUCAGCUGCGACCAGAACAAGACUUCUCAUGCAAACACUGGUUCUGUGAGCUCCAAUAGCUCUUCAUUCCGGAAGCGCUUUGGGUUUAGCUUACACAAGGACGGUCUGAAGGGCGAGGGGGAGAGCAAAGUCGCAUCGAUUUUACGAACCUUAAGCAAGAGGCAGAGCCCGGCUGAUUCGGAGCCUAGCACUCCCAAAGGGACCUUGAUCCGCUCUAAAUCUACAGAUGUGGACGCUCGCUUAGGUUUCCUUCGGCCUGCCUCACGCGAUCGUCCCUAUGGGUUUGCAUCUGAGGAGCAAAUUUCCCGGCCAGGCACCGGAUACGGGCAACCGCCGUCAUUGUCUUCCAUUCGAGGCAUAUCGACUGAUGGUGUCGUCAAACUUCGCAGGAAGCGAAGAAGCUCGUUGUCGGAUCUGCGCCCUGACACGGCCUCAUCUGAUGUGUCGCAUACCUCUUCGUCUCACCAUUUGCGUCCAGUCACCCCAUCCAACCGGCCGCGAGCUGAGAUAACCACGCCCACAAGUCAAUCUAGGCCUCAAAGUAGUUAUCUAGCAUCGCCGGUCCGGGCUUCAUCACCGGCCAAAGCGGUAUCGCCUGCUCGUCUAGGGUCGCCAAUUCGGCAAACAUCACCGACCCGCCCUUCCACCCCAAGUAGAAAGGAGAACAUUGAUCCCAGGGUACCGCAGACGGAGCGGUCAACCAAGUCCAAGAGUCACAUUCCUGAAUCGCCAACCCAAGAAAAUAAAAGCCGAUCUCGCGCGACCAGCAUUCCUCAGCGAAAUGCGGGCCUUCGGGAACGCGCAGCCGUGAAUGGCCCUGAAAUCAAGCGACCACAGUCCUCAUCCUCGUCACAGAAGCAGCAGAAGCUGCGAAUGCAAAGCCCGCAGAAGCUUCGCGAACGUGUUCAAGCCGAGAAAAAGACCCAAGCUACAAGUCAGCUUGACUUCCGAGAUGAGCUAAGAUCUCUUGGUGAUGAGUUGCACAAUCUCAGGCUCACUCCGACGAAACAGUCUAGCAUGGAGCCAAACGUAGGUUCACCAGAAGCCCAGCAAUGUUCAGGCGCUGGGUCAUCCCUUGAGAGUCGUCUGAAGAGACUUGAGGAGCGAUUCGUCCAUAUAUCUGGUGAAUAUAGCGGUCGAAUGUAUGCUCUUGAAAGAGACCUUGAGUCGUCAUUGAUUGUGAGCGAAAAGCGUGUGAAGAAGCUAGAUGAACUAUACAGAGAGGCUAGCGCCGAGAACGAAGCACUCUAUGACCGGUUCAACUUGGAGCUCAGCAAGAUCUCCAAGGACUUCCGAACAGGCAGUGCAGAAGAGGCUUUGGCGUCUCAAUUGACGAAUGCGCUAGAAGAGAUUGGCCGCCUCAAGAAAGAGAACUUCCGACUGAAGAGAGAAGUUGGGGGUCUGAGAGCUCAAUCAGCUGCUGUUGCAUUACUGAAAGCAAGUGAACCGUGA